AUGUUCUGUAUCAGCCCCUCCUCGGCCGCGUUUUUGCCAUUACCGGCGGCGCCAGCGGCAUUGGCGGAGCUGGAAGACGAGGACUGGGACAAGAUUAUCGCGGUCAACCUGACGGGCACCAUGUACUGCAUGCGCGCCCAAUUGCGGAACAUGGAGCGCGGCGAAUCCAUUGUCAACGUGUCGUCGAUUCACGGACUCAAGGGCUUCGCCAAGCACGCCGCGUACGACGCCAGCAAGCACGGCAUCAUUGGCAUUACGAAAGCUGCGGCGCUGGAAAACGGCGACCGGGAAAUUCGAGUCAACAGCGUCGCGCCGGGCGCCAUCUACACGCCGCUGAUGCAAAAGAACUGGGAUUUCCACCAACGGCCCGCCGACGCGCCGUUUGACGAGCCGACGGCGUUUCGGCGCCAGGGCACGGCGGAGGAGACGGCGAGCGUCAUUUGCUUCCUGCUUGGUCCGGAGAGCACGUUUGUGAGUGGGAGCGUGUAUCAAGUGGACGGAGCGUGGAUGUGA